AUGAAGAAGAAGAAGAUCCCAUUCAUGCAACCACCAAAGAAACAAAUCAAGCUAGGGAGUAGUAGCUCCAAUGCAAGAGCAGCAAUACCAACUUCACCACAUUCCAUUGAUGCAAGUCAAGAACAUGUGGAGAGUCCAAGAAGAGAAGAUGAUUGGGCACUUGUCAGUUUGUUGGAGAACAAGUCCAAGACCCAAGAAAGUGCAAGAAGGCAAUGGAGAAGGCUUGAGCAAGCUCUUCAAGCUAGAUGUAGUGAGUACUCACUACUCACCAAGGAGUUCCUCUCCACAGUAGCUCUUGCCUUUCCCAACCACAAUGGAGACCAACCAGCUGGUGAUGGACUCCUACUCUUCAAGAUAGGCGAUGCCAAUGGGCGCAUCUCCAUCUCAGCUCUAUGCCAACUCUUUGGACUUCCCAAUGAGACAGCACAUGACUUCAAGGAGAACUCAAAGAGGAAACAAGCUGCCUUUGCUGAUUGGACACACUUUGCCAAUGAACCAUUCUUGCCUUCAAGAUCAAAGGUGUCUAGAAUCACUCAUCCAGCCAUUCGCUAUGUGCACCGCCUCAUCUCCACCACUUUCCAAUGCAAACAAGAAGCCAACAAGGUCACAACUGAUGAGUUCUACAUCCUCACCACACCAUUCAUCAAGCAUGAGUACAAGGCCAACCUUGCCAACACUUCCCUUGUCUUGCUGCCACAUGAAGAUAUCCCAAGCCUACGCUCAGGUGUUGUCACUUUCCAGCCCAAUGAGGAAGACUUCUAUGUUCCAUCAAGUGAGAAACCAUCAUUCCCCAUGCUCACCUAUCGCACACUUCAGCGCAGUCAAGACUCAACGCCGCCACCAAGAACGCCAUGUUCUCACUACUGGCAUGGCCGCGAACCAAGCUCUAGACCGUGUGAACAAGCUGGAGAAGAUGUGGAGUGCCAAUCUCGCUUCAUCUCACGCCUAGUUCGUGUAGUUCGCCACAUUGCACCGGAGAGACUCUUUCGCCCUUCUUCCACCGCUAGAGAGCCAUAUGAGCCUGACCUUGGUGAGUUCUCACUAGACUCAGAGCUUGGUUCAGAAGGCGAUGACCCCAUAGAUGAGGAAGAGAGUUCUUCUCACUGCCACACAUAG